GCGGUGGCCGACAGAAUCAGAUUAGACUAUCGUAAUAACCACUCAUUGGCACUGUGCUCUAUUGCUGGAUUAAGUUAUAAAAAUGAACAAUUCAUACGAUAAAGUCACGCACGUUUUGUUCGACAUGGACGGACUUUUACUGGAUACAGAGUACCGGUACACAGAAAUUUACAACCGAGUGAUAAGAAAAUACGGAGAUUACACAUUCACUUGGGAUCAUAAGGCAACAACGAUGGGUUUCCAUCCUAUCGAGAGUGCAAAAAAGGUCAUAGAAAUAUUCAAUCUUCCAACAACUCCCGAAGAAUUCAUGGAACAACUAGCUCCACACUACCAGGAGCUAUUUCCACAUAGCCAACUGAUGCCAGGUGCAGCGAGACUUCUCCAUCAUCUUCAUAAGCACGACAUUCCUAUCGCUCUGGCGACGAGUUCGGGUGAGACUAGUUAUGAGUUGAAGACAAAGAAAGUUAAGCCAAUGUUUGAGAUGUUUCAUCACAAGGUACUUGGCGGAUCAGAUACUGAAGUUAAAAAUGGUAAACCAGCACCGGAUAUAUUUCUGGUUGCUGCCCGCCGAUUUCCCGAUAAUCCAUCGCCUUCAAAGUGCCUAGUGUUUGAGGAUGCACCCAAUGGUGUGCAAGCAGCUCUAAGUGCAGGAAUGCAAGUUAUUAUGGUACCUGAUCCAAAUUUGCCGAAGGAGCUCACUAAGAAAGCAACUCUAGUUCUCGGAAGUUUAGAAGAAUUCAAGCCAGAGCUCUUCGGACUGCCUCCAUAUGACGAUUAACUAUAGCUAAUUUCUUCAAUCUCCAAAUAGUUAAAAAUUUGUCAUCAAUCAACCGGAGAAGUUGAUCAACUAACGAGGAAAAAUUAAAUUCCGAUCACUGAUGGACAAUUUCAGUUUUCACGUUAUGCGAAGACACUGCAAUGAAUCGUCGCCAGGUGCUGACGAGGAUGCUCUUCAUUAAUUUUAUUUUUGAAGAUUCCAACAUUUAUUUUGAUAAAUAGUAUUAUGUAUGCAAUAAAGUAAUUUCCAAGACUA